AGUGGAAAUCGCAGUCCCCAAUUUCUCCGGCGUUGGUUGCUCUCUCAUUCGUCAGAUCUCUGAGUUGCGUCAACUCUCUGACCACCAAAACGCCGUCGUUGCGGUGAGUUUUUCUCUUUCUUCAUCUCUCUUUCCCCCUGUUCUCAAUAUUCUCAAUGCUCUUGAGAUCUGCCCCAUUUCAGAUUAGGGUCUCUCUGUCUCUCUAGAUAUGUAUACAUAUAACAAAUUAAUUGAAAUGGCUGGAGGAAGGGCAAUCCACCAGUUACUGAGGAUGAAACUUCGAUCACAAUCCACUGCCUCUCCAGCUUUGUCAUCCCUUCUUGCAAAGAAAGAUCAAGAAGGAGUUGGAUCAGCUGGUUCAAAGUCCCUUAGAGCACUUGCACUCCUUGGGGCAGGUGUUUCAGGGCUUUUGAGUUUUGCAACAAUAGCAUCUGCUGAUGAGGCUGAGCAUGGAUUAGAAUGUGCAAACUAUCCCUGGCCUCACUCAGGCAUUCUCAGUUCAUAUGACCAUGCUUCGAUUCGUCGUGGUCACCAGGUUUACCAACAAGUCUGUGCAUCCUGCCAUUCUAUGUCACUAAUUUCAUAUCGUGAUUUAGUGGGUGUGGCAUAUACAGAAGAGGAGACAAAGGCUAUGGCUGCUGAGAUUGAGGUGGCUGAUGGGCCUAAUGACGAGGGUGAGAUGUUUACACGUCCUGGUAAACUCAGUGAUCGUUUUCCUCAGCCAUAUGCAAAUGAACAAGCUGCUCGGUUUGCUAAUGGAGGAGCUUAUCCUCCAGAUCUAAGCCUUAUCACCAAAGCUCGCCACAAUGGUCAAAACUAUGUAUUUGCACUGCUAACUGGUUACCGUGAUCCACCUGCUGGCAUUUCGAUCCGAGAAGGGUUGCACUACAAUCCUUACUUCCCUGGGGGUGCAAUUGCUAUGCCUAAAAUGCUCAUUGAUGGUGCACUUGAGUAUGAAGAUGGUACGCCUGCAACAGAGGCUCAGAUGGGGAAAGAUGUUGUAUCAUUUUUGACAUGGGCAGCGGAACCAGAGAUGGAAGAAAGGAAACUGAUGGGGUUCAAAUGGAUAUUUUUACUUUCACUGGCACUACUUCAAGCUGCUUAUUUCAGGCGAUUGAGGUGGUCUGUCUACAAGUCUCGUAAGCUGAUUGUUGACGUUGUCAACUAAGCAUCACCUGGGUUUUCUUUAAUCCAAUGCUUGUGGGAGAACAUGGAUUGGCAAUAAUUAUCUUAUGAGAUGAUCUAGGUUUUCUGCCAUGUUAAAUUGGUUCAAUUGCCCAACUGGUAAUGGAGGGGCGUGACGAGUUUUGUUUUCAAUUGAGGAAGAAAUAAGCCUGUCCACCACAUACAUGAUACCUUAUUUUUUGUCAAGAACAUCUGAAUUCCAGUUAGAUAUUUUUCUGAGUCCAAAAUUCUCAGGAUUGUUUCACCAUUCAA